ACUGUCUAGGAACCUUAUUAUAAAUACCAAGCAAAGUGUUAUUCUUUGCACCACAACCACAGCACUCUCACUACUUCUUUUGUUAAGUAGCAAAACACACUAGUGUUGUGCUUGUCUCUUGUGUUGUUAAUUUCACAACAAAUUAAGUUCUAAUUGUUCUGACUUCUGAUGGCACCACAAGACAGAAUCCUUGUGAUCGGACCCACAGGAGCAAUUGGAAGACAUGUAAUUUGGGCAAGUGUCAAAGCAGGAAACCCAACAUACGCUUUGGUGAGGAAGAACAGUGUCACUAUUGAGAAGCCAAAGCUCAUCACAGCUGCUAAUCCUGAAACCAAAGAAGAGCUCAUCGACAACUUCAAAAGUUUAGGAGUUAUUCUCCUAGAGGGUGACAUAAGUGAUCAUGAAAGUUUGGUUAAGGCAAUGAAGCAAGUUGAUAUUGUCAUCUGCACAACAGGUAGACUUCUAAUUCUAGAUCAGGUCAAGAUCAUUGCAGCAAUCAAAGAAGCUGGAAACAUCAAGAGGUUUUUCCCUUCUGAAUUUGGGUUAGAUGUGGACCGCCAUGAAGCAGUGGACCCAGUGAGGGAAGUUUUCGUCGAAAAAGCAGGAAUCAGAAGAGUAGUGGAAGCUGAAGGAAUUCCUUACACUUACCUCUGUUGCCAUGCCUUCACUGGUUACUUCUUGCGUAACUUGGCUCAACUUGAUGCCACUGUUCCUCCUCGUGACAAGGUCAUCAUUCUAGGAGAUGGAAAUGUCAAAGGAGCUUAUAUCACUGAGGCAGAUGUGGGGACUUUCACCGUCUUAGCCGCGAACGAUCCCAGAACAUUGAACAAGGCUGUCCACAUAAGACUCCCUGCUAAUUAUUUGACAGCAAAUGAGAUCAUGGCAUUGUGGGAGAAGAAGAUUGGGAAGACUUUGGAGAAAACCUAUGUUCCUGAGGAACAAGUUCUUAAGGACAUCAAGGAAUCUGGUUUCCCUCACAACUACCUAUUGGCUCUGUACCACUCACAGCAGUUAAAGGGAGAUGCAGUGUAUGAGAUUGACCCUGCCAAGGAUGCUGAGGCUCAUGAGCUUUACCCUGAUGUCAAAUUCACCACUGCAGAUGAAUAUUUGAACCAGUUUGUCUGAAUUAUGAGGAAUGCGUUUCUUUCACUCUGCAGAUUGCUCAAUAAAACCACUGUCCCCUUUUUUUGCCUUUUGAAAAAAUAGCUUAAAUUCUGAUGUACCUCUACUGUUGUAUUCUCUUCAAUAAUUCCUCCUCAUUGAUGUAAUCUUCUACCAAACAAAAUAAUAUUCUAUAUGUUCUCAAAUUUUUCA